UUGGGGCCCACCCCCCAAGAAGGCCCGGCCCACCGCACACGCACAACCAAGGCCAUAUAACGCACAACAACUGCGAUUGUAGCUGAGUUCAUCGAGCUCUAAGGAUAUAUUGGGUUCAUUGGUCCAAUGCAAGGCGUCCAAUAUGUUUUCUACAGUGCAAUUUAAUUCAGUUUGAUGCUCUUUGACUUACAUUAAUUGCGUCUAAACGGUUGCUAGCUUAGGACUUAAGAUGGAUGGAAAUGGAGACCCAAUUUCACUAGCAGCUCAAAUAUCUCAUGCUAAGGAUCUUCUAGGAAAUGUUUGGCGACAGUCAAAUGUCGGCUCUGACGCCUGGCCGCCGGCACUGCUGGACCGCAUGAGGCGGCUCUGCCAGCAGCUGUCAGUCUCUCGAGACCAGGCUCUGGUCUCUGCCCUGCUGGAGGCCUCUGACGGCACAGCGCGCCUGCUGUCCAUGCGCCCGCCGCCGCUGCAGACAGAGUGCCUGCUGCUGGCGACCAGAGUGCUGGCCGCUGCCUCUGCCGCUGAGCUGGACGUGGACGUGGAGCCGCUGCUGGACAUCCUGCUGGCAGAGGUGUACUCCCCGCCGCCGCCGCUGGUCGACAAGCUGGCCGGCGCGGCGCGCGCGGCCGCGCUGCUCGGCGCCCUCGACCAGCUGCUGCAGUGUGACCACGAGGCGCACCGGGCGCGCGCCGGGGAGCUGCUCGGCGCCGGCCGGCUGUACAUGUUCUUCGGGCUGGCCGGCUGGGAGGAGAUGGCGCCUCGGCCGCUCUACCCGGUCCCGCAGACUCCGCACGACGCGCCCACCGCCGCGCCCGAGGCCGGACGCACCGAGAACGGGCGCGCCAUCCGCUCCUCCACCGGCAAAAAGGUGCGCCGCAGAAAACCCAACGAGAGGAAGAGCAUCGAGCUGCCGCCGGGCUCACACCCGGGCGAGGAGCCGGACGAGCGACCGCCGCGCUCGUGGCUGCUGGCAGAGUCCUCUGACUCGGACGCCGGCGGGCCGGACGGCCGCCUGCGCGCCGCCCAGGUGCGCGUCCGGCAGGCGGCGCUGGUGCUGCUCCACUCGGUGGUGCGCUUCAACGACAAGCGGCACAUGCUGGGCUUCUGGCCGUCGCUGGUGCCGGACACGCCGCACGUGCCGGCCCGCACGCUUCUCACAGUGGUGCUCCAGGACCCGGCGGCGCGCUGCCGCCUCUGCGCCGCCUCUGUUCUCCGAGAGAUGCUCGAUUCGAGCCGGUUCUUCCUCACUGGUGUCGACGACCGUUCGUCGUCGGGGCCGGCCCCGUUCACCCCCUACUCAGUGACAAUGGCCUGCAUCGUCAAAGAGCUGCACCGCGGUCUGCUGCUGGCGGCGCUGUCCGAGAAGUCGCCCCUCACUCUGGGCUCGGUGCUGCGCGCGCUGGCCACGCUCGUGGCUAACGCGCCGUACCACCGACUACAGCCGGGCCUCCUGACUAAGGUCAGUCGGCACGUGCGGGCCUUCUUGGCGCACCGCGACUUUGACGUCAAGACGGCCGCGCUGUCAGUGCUUAUCAACGUGGUGUCGAUACACGAACCACUGCCCGAGGUGUUACAGCUGCUCCGCGCGCCGGCACUGGUCGACGAGGUACCCUCCGAUGACCGGGGCACCGAGUCGUCCGCCGCCUCCGCCGACGAGGCGCCGCCCCGCACCGACGGCGGCGAGGAGCUCGAGUUUUAUGACGACGAGUUUGAUGACGAUACCGGCGAUGGUACCGGGGACGCUCCCGGCGGCGCGGCGCCCGGACAGACUCCGGUCCGGUCCUGGCUUUGGGUGCGCUGUCGAGGGUUUGUGCUGCGUAAACGGAUCGCUCCGCUACCAGGCGCGGUGAGUCCGUUCUUCUACCCGACGCCGGUGCGCCUCCAGGCGAUGAGGACGCUGUGCGCGCUCACCAAAAACUACCUAGCCGCCGUCUCCGACUGUCUGCCCGAGGUGAGCGCGCUCGUGGACGUCUGCAUGCGUGAUGAGGACGUGGCGGUGCGGCUGCACGGUGCCAGGCUGCUCGAGUGUGUGGGUGACGCGGCGGCUCCGUCCCCGGGCGCGGCGGGGUAUGACCUCUGGAUGGCGGCCCUGACCGGCCCUCUGCCGGCCAUGUUCGCGCCUGACCAGAAGCGGUUCGUGCGCGCCGCCGCGUGUCACGCGCUGAGCACCAUCGGCGCCGGCGUGUUCGAGCGGCUGCCGCGCGACAAGCAGCUACUCUGUGUGACGCUGGUGCUACCUCUGACAGCUGACGAGGAGGGCACGGUGCGGAGCGCCGCGGUGCGCGCCGCCGGCGUGUUUGUCCGACUGCCCAGUCUCGCCGAGGACCCCGACUAUCUGCUACAGACGGCCGAGGCGGCGUGUGCGGCGGCCACCGCUCGCCACGAGCAGUUGCCGGUGCGCGUGAACGCCAUCUGGACUCUGGCGAAUCUGACGGACACGCUGGUGCAGCGGCCGCCCGACUGGCAGCCCCUCUCCAUCACCGUGCUGGAGAGCAUGACCACCGUGGCUCUGCGGGCCGCCGAGGACAGUGACAAGGUGAAGGUGAACGCAGUGCGCGCGCUGGGAAACCUGGUGCGCCACUUCUCGGCAGAGGCGUUGGCCGACCCGCGGGUGUCCAGUCUCAUACCGCGCUGUGUGGACGCCCUGAUACGCUGUAUGACCACCGGUAACAGCCUCGUUCAUAUGAAGGUGCGCUGGAAUGCGUGUCACGCGGCGAGUAACGUGUUCAAAAACGCCGCGCUGCCGUACGCGACAGCUCAGUGGCGACCGCCGCUGCUCGAGGCGCUCUGCAAACUGGCGAGCAACUACAAAAACUUCAAGGUGCGCAUUAACGCGGCCCUGGCGCUCUCGGCACCGUCCAAGCGGGCGGUGUUCGGUGACCAGCUGCCGUACGCCUGGCGUCACCUGUUGGAGGCGCUGGAGACGGCGCAAAACAUCACCGACUUCAACGAGUUCAAGCACCGCGACACGCUGCUGCGCCAGGUGUGUCUGACGCUGUGCCGCGUCGUCUCGCUGCUGGAGCCGGCCGACCUGGCCGAGGCGGCCGACGCGCUGGCCUCCCACCUGGACACGGUGUCGGCACACCUGGCGCGCCUGCCCAGCGCGCUGCUGCCCGAGCAGUCGGAGCCGCUGCUGGCCGCCCAGGACAACCUGCGGCUGCUCAAACAGCGGCGAGCCGGCGCACUCAGCGCCGAGCAGAGCCGGGCCGUCGAGCUGCUCUCCGGUGCGUUCGCGGCACCCAGCUAAUGGGGCGACGUGUUUAUCAUUUAACGGCGAACUAACCCCUCUCUCAUUGAACAGUCUGGUUGACCGACGUGUACUUAUACCGGGUGUGCGUUGCGAUAAGUGCUUUGGUGGCUCGUAACCAUAUCCGGGCCUAAUCGAUGUGUGUGAUGUGUUGGCAGUGUUUAUCAUUCGUUUUUAGUGGCGGCAACGGGCGGCUACGCGACUGUUGUGAUAACUGGUUGGGUGUCCAACCACACAUGUGAGUUGUGAUCAGUUAUGACAUUGGCCUGUAAGUGCGAUGUGAGGACAAGAAAUGUGUGUUUCAUUUGAGUGCGUGAAUGAAUAAUAGCUUCGAAAAUAAUCAUA